AUGGUUCAUUUUUUGUUAGAGUUUACUUAUCCGAACUUGCACAGUUCCCGGAAUUUACAACAAAAAGUUGAAAUAUCGAACACAGGGAAAAGAAAUUCUGUUCAAGAAUGCUCUGAGGCUGAAAUGCCUGAUAGCACUGUGAUAGCUUACUUAGGAGCCGGAACGAUUGAGAUUGGAAGGAGCGAUCUUACACGCCCACAAGAAAUUACUGCUUGGAAAAGAGAGACUAUUGAUAAGGAGAAUGAACAAGAACUAAGAAAGAUAUUCGAAAGUUAUUUUCGAACAAACGACUACUUGAAAAAGGAGGAAAUACACGUUUUAGUACUGGAGGAUAUAUUUAUUUCCGUAGCAGAAAAGAGAAUUUUUUGUGGCAUUAUAUUAGAAGAGCUAGGAUGCGCUUAUGUGUCUUUCAUCCCCAGAGUCCUCAUGUAUUGUCUAUCAUAUGAUGUUACGAAUGCAUUAGUCAUAGACGUAGGUACAAAUUCUACUACAUGUGUGCCCAUCUUUGACCUUCGACCUCUGCAAAAGUACAUUAGGUAUUCAAAAGGGAAUAAAAGGCGACAUUUACUGGCUGAUACUCCCUCCGGCAGCCCGUACGCAACAGCGUUCUUUACAAAAGAAUAUGACCCAAAAUUUUAUGAAGACGAUGAAGUUCCUGUUAUAAAUCUUGCAAAAUGCAUCGUAAAUUCACUUCCUAUUGACUUAAGGAAGCCUUUAAGGGAAAACAUCAUUGUAGUAAACGUCGAAGAAAAAUACAAGACAGUGGUGAAAGAUUUGUUCAAGAAGCACAUGGAUGAAUCUAGUAUUCGGUUAUCUGAUGAUUACUGGCGUGGCGCUUCUAUAUACGCGCAAACAAUCUUGCAUGCUAAAGAGGAAAACGUUGUAGGAGUUGGAAAAGACGAGUUUCAAAAUAAUCUUCGUAUUGCUCCGGAUUGGUUUGACUUUUACUUUAGGACCGGAAUGAAAUGA